UCUCUCCACUCGGAAGCAGCAGCCACUAGUGUGCAAGAAGAACAAGGCGCUCGCUUCUUAACGCGGACAUGGGUGUUCCUGUUCCUCGCCACGCAUUUUUUUCCACGCAUUAUCAGUUCCUGCUUGCGAUAGUUCGACAUUAAUCUCACCGCCAAAGCGUCCUCCGCGCCGCCUAUUUGAGAAGAACUCUGAGAAGUUUCUCAGCCUGCGUGCACUUUUUUUUUGUUUGUUUGUUGUUGCGGGGAUUAAAGAAUUGAGGGCGAAUGUGGCAGGCAGGAAUGGUUGACGGCGUGGAGCGCGCCGCGUCCUCUCCUCCCGCGUGCUGGAAACAAGUUGAAGCAGCUUCGGGCUCGUUGUUAACCAUGUUAGGCUCUCCUUGGAGUUUUUAAUGAAACCGCAAACUGGGGGGUUAAUGAGCAACCAGGAGCGAGGAGGAACAAUGGCAUCGAAGGAGAGGCUGUACGAGCUGUGGAUGUUGUACUACACGAAGAAAGAUGUGGGCUAUCUGCAGCAGUGGCUCGAGGCAUUUGUGGGAUCCUUUGAAAGGUUCAUAGACGUGCAGUCGCUCGAGCCUCGGAGGCUGGAGGAGUGCACCUCCGAGGUGCCCCUGCUCCCCAGGGAUGUCCUGGUCUUCCUCAGCACGCAGCUUUGGCCAAGUGCGUCGCACCUCUCAGACUCCCAUGACCACAGUCGCAAAUUUCCCCAUCCUCUCCUCCUCAUCAAGUUCUUCAUCAUCGUCUGCAGAAACAUGGAGAACAUCGACCCAGAGAAGACGCCUGGAUUUGUUUUUGAAUCGAUAAAGCUUCUGAAUUUUUGUUUGCACCAGAUAAAGAACAGAGAAGGGGAGCAGUCCUCCCUGCAGUCGGUCGUGUCUUACGGACUGGUGUUGUGUGAAAGUGUCUUUGACCCUUAUCAGACGUGGAGGAGACGACUGGCAGGGGAGGACGUUAGCUUGCUGGAGAGGAACAAGUACAAAUUCUCUCCGCUGCCUCUGCCCGAGGAGCUGACUGCUCUCUUCCACGAGAGUCUGCUGGACAGUGAGAAGAUCCCAGAGCAUCUCACACUCAGGCUGGUUCAUCUCCAGGGAGCUGUCAUCAGUGGGGGCAAGAAUAAUGGUCUCCUCGCUGUCACCUCUCACUCUGUCGAAGACCUCUUCUCCGUGCUUCAAGCUUGGUGUUGCCGGGGCUUCCAUCAGUCUAAUGACAUAUCGCUUCCUCGGCUGACCUUGAAGUGUCUGACCGCAAUGAUCCACCUGUUGCAUUUUAGCAGCCCCUCCGAGCGGCAGGUUGAAAUCAAGACCAUACUGCAGAGUUUCUUCCAGCUCCUUAACUGGAACCGUCCGCUGAGCAGUGAGCAGCAAGAUAGGCAGAACUCUGAGGAGCGCUUGAUCUCACUCCAGCGCCUGAUGCUGACCGCAGUCCCUGAGAUCCUGCAGUGUUCGGACCGGCCUGCCCUCCAGGCUGUCUUCCUGAACAACAACUGCUUUGAGCACAUCCUCAGGCUCAUACAGAACAGCAAGCUCUUUCAGAGCAACAGGCCUAGGCCGAAGAGUGAGUGUGACCUCACUACAAGUUUACUCACAGAGGUCAAAGUGGACCAGGUACUGGAGCGAGGCUCCGACAGCAUCACAGUGCAUGCUUUAGGGGUCCUAACAGCCAUCAUGAGUAACUCUCCCACUGCAAAGGAGACUUUCAAGGAGCGGAUCGGCUACUCCCAGCUCUUUGACGUGCUCAAGAGUCAAGGUCAGCCCACCAAAAGGCUGCUGCAGGAGCUGAUGAACAUGGCAGUGGAGGGCGAGUAUGCACACGCACACCACUUAGGAAUUAGUAACGACCAGCCUCUGCUGCUGCUCCUGCAAUGGCUCCCCGAGUUGCACGACCAUCGCGAGCUCCAGCUGCUGGUGGCACAGUGGCUGGCUACUGUAUGCGGCGGGUCGCUAUCUUGUCGGACUGUAUCAGUGGAGGCGGGCAUGGUGGGGGCUCUCCUGCAGGUGCUCGCACAGCCGCAGCACUUGGACAGGCAGUGCGCAGAUGCCCUGCUGGUCCUCCUGCAGGACCUGGGCUCACUAUGUCUGAAGCCCGAGGAGUUGAGGAGCCUUCUCAAACUGCUCAGGUUGGAUCAGGAUAAUGGCGCGCAUCCCUUCUGCACUCGCAUUAUCCAAGUUCUCUCGGCAAUGGCGGCGCGAGAAGGUCGUGACGGCGCCUUGCAGUACUUUGAUCUCACACCCCCUAUGGCGGGUAUCAUGGUUCCCGCAGUCCAGCGAUGGUCAGGCAGCAACUUUGCCUUUCAUGCCUGGCUCUGCCUUAAUAUGGACUUCCCCCAUACCCCUCAGUUGGACUUCCACCAACCUGCCGCUAACUUGGUCACCGCAAGUCAACACGAGAUGGGAAAAGGACCUCGCAGGAAGCAGCUAUACAGUUUCUUCACAGCUAGUGGAACUGGACUGGAAGCCUUUUUCACAAUGGAGGGUGUGCUGGUCGUGGCUGUUUGCACUAAAAAGGAUUACAUGGCUGUUGCAUUGCCAGAACUCCCACUAGCUGACUCACGUUGGCAUUCAGUAGCCAUAGUCCACAUUCAAGGCCGUCGUCCUUUUGGUCAGAACCUGGUCAACAUCUUCAUUGAUGGCGAGUUGUCUAAAACAGCUCAGAUUCGCUUUCCAUCUUUGAGUGAGCCUUUUACCUCCUGCUGUAUCGGCUCUGCGGGCCACCGGACCACUACUACAACAACCUCGCCUAAUCUACUCACAUCCUUAUCCUCCGGCCAGUCCCCGGAAUUUGCCUUUCCCGCCAACGCUCCCUCCUUGAUCCGCUCUCAGUCCUUUCCAGCCAACUACGCAGGGGGCCGCUGGGGCUCUCUCAAUGACUCCACAGUGCAGACCAUCCCAGCGGGGCUGCAGGACACAGAGUGGGGAACACCCUCUUCUUUGGAUGGACUCCUGGGCACUGCCUUCAUUUGCCAUGAGGCUUUGCAGCAGAGCCAAACAAAAGUGCUCUACGCUGCAGGCCCAAAUAACGUGCCCUUAUUCAAAGCGGAUGGAGAGUUGUCUGAUCUUAAUGGCAAGCUUGUGCUCUACUACACUCCUCAGGCAUUUAAAAGCCAAAUUUGUUUGGAUUUGUCUCCUAAUCAUCAAUAUGAUGGCCGACUAACAGGACACCGAGUCAUCAACUGGGACAUUAAGGAUGCCAUCAAUGUGGUUGGGGGCAUAGGGGUUCUGCUGCCCCUCCUUGAGCAAGUUUGCGAGGAAGAGAAUGUGUACAACGGCGCUCAGGAGAUCUCAGAACUGCUCGGACCAGAACUGACAGCAUCGCGAGGGCCGGCCGCUAUGCUGCUGCCACUCAAAUCUUCAGAAGCGAGACUGGAGAGGAACAGUAUCGCGUCCUUCUUGCUGAUGAUGAAGAACAUGAUCCGCCGUCAUCCUGUCAAUCAGGAAGGCCUGCUGCAGUGCCACGGGCCUAGCAUCAUCGGAGCCAUGCUCACCAAAGUUCCAGGGACUCUGAUGGACAUGAACGUUUUGAUUGCAUGUCGGCUGCUGCUAGAUCAGGUUUUCAACGAGGGAAACGGUCCACUUCUGCAGCAGUUCUACCAGCACCUGCUCUUUGAUUUCCGAAUCUGGACCAGAAGCCAUUUUGCUGUUUGUCAUGAUCACGUCCAGUACAUCUCGUCCGUGAUACACAAAGGAAAGCAGCGCAUGAAGAGGAAAUAUGGAGUUCAAUACAUUCUGGAUACCAUACGCACUUACUACAGCGCGGACAAAGAUGGCGGCUGUCUCUGCGAUGAGAAGCAGACGAUUCAGACGUCUCUGUUUGCAUUGCUGAAAGACUUCCUCAAGUCUCCGACAGCAGAGGAGCUCCACAGUGUCCUCGCUUACAUUCUGAGUGCAGGAGAUGAGCAGCAGGUAGUAAAGGCCCUGGAUGUGCUGUAUGAGCUGUUGCGGAGCAGCCCUCCUCGUGAACAUGUGCAGGCUGUGCUGCUGGAGUGGGGAGUGGAACAACUUUAUAGUCUCCUUCUCAAUCCAAGCUUUGGAGAUCGCGCCAGAGAGAUGGUCUUCAGGGUUCUAUACAAAAUCCUCAAGAGCGAGCGUGUGUCCGAGCGCAACAAGCAACGCCUCAAGCUUAAGGACUUUGGCUAUCUCGGCCUGGUGUUUUUCCUUGAAGACAUUCCCGUAACCAUGACGACUGUGAGAUGUCUGUACGAGCAGGUCCUUGCUACAGAGUCGAACCCGAACUUUAGAGACCUCCUAGCUGUGGUGUGUCUGUCCCACCGAGCCGACCUGGAUGUCCGCCUGGAUGUUUGUCGCAAGCUCUUUCACCUCAUCUACCUCAGCGAGGAUUACGUGAAGCAGCUCGCCAAACAGCCCGCCUGGCAGGAUGUUCUCACCAAGCUCUAUGUGAAGGAAUCCUACGAGUCCCACGCUGCCAGCAUCUCAGGCUCCACUGAGUCAAACUUCCGGCCUCCUUUGCGUAGAGACCAGAGUCUGCUCAUAGAGGAUGCACGUACAAGCAUCUUUCUGAACUACGGCACCUCGCAGGAGGAAGACGACGACGAGGAAGAGGAGGACGGCGGCCAGCGGGAUAUCUCUGAAGGAUACUCUGAUUUAUCCCAAUCACCGCUCAGUCGAGUUAGGGGCCAGCUGAAGACCUUCAAGUCAUUCGAUUCUGCAGACCAAGAAAGUCACUCGUCCUCCCUCUCCAGUUCCAUGGUGGUCGAUAUUGUCUCGUCUCGCCUGGAUGAGGAAGGGAGAGAAUACCGGCCCUCCUCCCCGUACGGAACGUCGCCGCCUUUUGAUCUGGAGCUAGGCAGCAUGGGAGAGAUGGUCACUCCAGCAGGUAGCCUCACAAACACACCAUCCCCUCUGGAGCACAGCAAACCCUUUCCACCGCUCAGACCCAGGAAGAGCUCCAGUCUCUCCAACGUUUUGGACCACACCAGCUACGGGACAGACCCUCCCACUGGAGACACCAUCUCCAACACAUCCAACCCACAGCAGACGCCAGAAGAGGAGCUCUGCAACCUGCUCACCAACAUAAUCUUCUCCGUGCUUUGGAGCGGCAGUGGGGCGGACGGUCCCGAGGAUGUGAUCUGGAGAGAGAGGGGGCAGGUGUUUUCUGUGCUCACUAAACUGGGUUCUUCCUGCCAACUGGUCCGCCCACCGGAUGACAUCAAACGCAGUUUGCUAGAGAUGAUGCUGGAAUCGUCUUUGUCCGACCUGAGGGAUGCCCAGGGCGUGUUUCUACCUUUUUGUCCCAGCCUGGUGAGGCUCCUCAGGCUGCUGCAGGACUUCCUCUUUUCCGAGGGCACCGACAAUCAUACACUAUGGAGUGAAAAGAUCUUUGAGGGGGUGGUGAACCUACUGGACAAGUUGCAGGCCUGGCAUAGCACCCCCGGCAGCCCCGGCUGCACCGAACUGAAGGAGAUGUCCCAGAUCGGCCUACGGAUCAUCACCGGCUAUAUCCAACAGCGGCAGUCACAGGUGUGUGUGAUGGCCUUCGUGAAACUGCACAGCCUGUUGCAGACAGUGUUGUGUCUCAGUUGGGAGGAGGUCUGCUUCCUGCUGGGACGCAUUGGCGUCCCCUUGUGGCCAGACAAGGAGUCGACGGACAGCAACAACGCUGAGCACGCAGAGAUGUUCUCCCAGGUGGUCCCGGUCGUGCGAGCCCUCCUGGACCAGCACGCAGAUCCAGUUACGGUCCAGCAGCUCCUUCCGAGUCUGCCCAUCACGAAUGGCAGCACCACAUUCGCCCAGGACCUGAAGGCUUACUGCCACACACUCGAGUGGCAAAGCUUUUACCAGCAGCAGGUUCAGCCCACAAUGGAGCAGUAUGAGCUGGACACGUUCGGGCGGAGUCAUGACAUCAUGUCCAAUUUCUGGAAUUCCUGUUUCGACGACCUCAUGAGUACGGCCUUCAGACGCGACAAAGACAGAUCGGACAGCAAAGCAAAGUUUCAGGAAUUGAUCGUUGACCCUUACCUGAAGCGUGUUAGAAGUGAGAACGGACGCUACGUCAGCUGGCAAAAGCAGAGCUCCAACCAGCAGGGGGUGGUGCGGCAGCACUGGAGGGCUCUGCGCAGGCUGUUGACCAGCGAGAGAGCAGUGUGGGCCAAGAAAGUCCAGCCUCAGGUCAAGUGGAUACUUUCCAGUGCGGAGACGUAUUCAAAAAUGCGCCUCAAACUUGUGCCCAACCACCAUUAUGACCCCCACACCGAGGCCAGUGCCCAGAGGGACAACAUGGGAGUGGACAGUCCACGUUCCGAGCUUCUCCCUCUGGCUGUUGCCAAAGAAGCCAAAGUAAGCGAUAUGGAGGACGACCAGUUAGGAGAGGAGGAUCUUGUAUUUUUAGAUAACAAUGUUGAGGCUGAAGAUGAGAGCCAAAAAGAAAAGCUGGUUUUAUCUGAAGACUGUGAACUCAUCACCAUCGUAGCCAAGGUACCCGGCCGCCUGGAGGUUACUACGCACCACCUCUACUUCUACGACGGCAGCAUUGAGAAAGAGGAAACAGAGGAGGGAAUUGGAUUCGACUUCAAACGGCCUCUGUCUCAGCUCCGAGAAGUCCAUUUGAGGCGCUAUAACCUGCGUCGUUCUGCACUGGAGCUCUUCUUCAUCGACCAGGCUCACUACUUCAUCAACUUCAAGAAGAAGUUGCGUAAUAAAGUUUACUCAAGGAUUCUGGGCCUGCGCCCUCCUAACCUCUUUUACUUUGGAUCCCGAUCACCACAAGAGCUGCUGAAGGCAUCAGGCCUCACACAGAAAUGGGUCUGCAGGGAAAUAUCCAAUUUUGAAUAUUUGAUGCAACUCAACACCAUCGCUGGGCGCACUUACAAUGACCUAUCACAAUAUCCUGUGUUCCCUUGGAUACUCUGCGACUACACUUCCCCUGUUUUGGAUCUGGAAGACCCGUCAGUUUUCCGAGACUUGUCCAAACCUGUCGGUGUGGUCAACCCUCGCCAUGCACAGGCAGUCAAAGAGAAGUUUGAAAGCUUUGAGGACCCGACAGGCACCAUCGACAAAUUCCACUACGGCACGCACUACUCCAACGCAGCGGGAGUCAUGCACUACAUGAUCCGCAUGGAGCCGUUCACCACGCUGCACAUCCAGCUGCAGAGCGGCAGGUUCGACUGCGCAGACCGACAGUUCCACUCGGUGGCAGCGGCUUGGCAAGCUCGCAUAGAAAGCCCGGCUGAUGUCAAGGAGCUCAUCCCAGAGUUUUUCUACUUCCCCGAAAUUCUGCAGAACAUGAAUGGCUUCGACCUGGGAUCCUUGCAAAUAUCUCAGGAUCCAGUGGAGGACGUUCUGUUGCCCCGCUGGGCCACGUCGAGGGAAGACUUCAUCAGAAAGCACAGGAAAGCUCUGGAAAGUGAGCAUGUGUCGUGCCAUCUGCACGAGUGGAUCGACCUGAUUUUUGGCUACAAGCAGAGAGGAGACGAGGCGGCGAAAGCCCUCAACAUCUUCUACUACUGCACCUACGAAGGUGCUGUAGAUCUUGAUGCCAUUGCUGAUGAGACAGAGCGCAAGGCACUUGAAGGCAUCAUUAGCAAUUUUGGACAAACGCCAUGCCAACUUCUGAAGGAGCCUCACCCGCCGCGUAUGUCAGCUGCAAAUGCAACUAGGCGGCAGUCGCGCCUGGACACUUUGCCCGUGAACCUCUUUGAUCACCUUGAUAAGCUACGCUCAUUUGUGGAGGUGGUGAGCGAUGGCAUCCCUCUGGUCCAGGCGGUGGUACCAAAGAACCAAAAUCGGUCCUUCAUCAUCCAUGGCUCAGAUAUGCUGGUAACAGUGAGCUACAGUGGCUUGAUAGGAACACACAGCUGGCUGCCAUAUGACAAGAACAUCGCCAACUACUUCACCUUCACCAAGGACCCAACCAUUACGAAUCCCAAGACGCAGCGUUUUCUGGGUGGACCUUUCUCACCCGGCGUGAAGAUCAGCGCUCAGGUUCUUGUGGUGUCUAAUGAUGGACGUCUGCUGUUUAGUGGAGGACACUGGGACUGCAGUCUGCGGGUCACCCAGCUGGGCAAAGGCAAGCUGGUGGGCAGGAUCUGCCGGCACAUUGAUGUUGUGACGUGCUUGGCUCUGGAUCUGUGUGGCAUCUACCUCAUCUCUGGCUCAAGGGACACGUCCUGUAUAGUGUGGCAGGUGCUACAGCAGGGCGGCUUCUCCAGCACGCUGUCUCCUCGGCCUGUUCAGGUGCUUUGUGGACACGACCAGGAGGUUACCUGUGUGGCCAUCAGCACGGAACUGGACAUGGCUGUGUCGGGCUCAAAGGACGGGACCGUGAUCGUGCACACGAUCAGACGAGGCCAGUACCUGAGAACGUUGCGGCCUCCAGGUGAGCCCUCCCACAUCUCCAAGCUGCAGGUGGGCAUGGAGGGUCACGUCGUGGUGCAAACCUCGCCGGGGGAGCGAUCCAAUUCUACGAAGGGCAAGGACUCCAUCCAUGUUUACUCGGUCAAUAGCUGCCUGCUGUCUUCCUUCACCAUGGAGGAGCAAGUCUGUGCUCUCCACCUGGUGUCUGAAUACAUCAUCCUGGGCACCAUGCAGGGCAGACUGCACAUACGUCACCUGUGCAGCCUGGCUGCCGCCGUCCCACCCUUGGCCUUGAAAGUCCCCGUGAGGAGCGUGUGUGUCACCAGAGAGAGCAGCCACAUCCUGGUGGGCCUGGAGGACGGGAAGUUGAUAGUGGUGGGGGCGGGGAAGCCAGAGGAGGUUCGCUCGGGACAAUUCUCCCGCCGCCUGUGGGGAUCCACACGCCGCAUCUCUUUGGUGUCUGCCGGCGAGACCGAAUACAACCCCGCAACCGAGAGCGCCGGCAAAUGAGAGCGACUCUGACGAACGCUUGUGGAGAUGUUCUGCACCCACACGCUUAUUAUGGCUUUCUUUUUACAAGCCUGGGAACUUCUGAGACCAACUGAACACUCAGCACUUUUUGGUUUGUUUUGUUUUCUAAUCAAGGAAUAGUUUCAUUUUUGGUUGUGGACUACUGUCUGUUUUUAAUCAGCAUCAUUCCAAAGAGUGGCCUUGUUUUGAUGAGGCAAAAAAGCUUGGCUUUCGAGCUUAAAAAACUGCUGUCAGACUGUACAAACCUUUCAGGAGGGACACACACACACCCACACACACACAAAUACUUACCGACCACUUUUUUUCCAGUUUCUGUGCCAAGGCUUCUUAAAACUCCUGCAAACUUGAAAACAUUUUGAGAGCUGCUUAAUGCAAUACCGGUAACUACCGCCUGAUAUCACCACAGUGGCCUAGCAAUUUACCCUCCUGUCUUCAAAACUCAAAUGUUACAUUAUUAAAGCAGAAAAGUGCUUUAUUGGUCAAGAAAGUAAUGUACAUUCACUUUGUGUCGUUGAUGUUGUCGGUUGAGGAAUUAAGAGAAGUUGUCGUCUUGCACGAUGUGGCGUAUGUAGUAGUUCUAUUUUUCUCAACCCCAUGUACACAACUCACAAAAAGAGGCUGUUGUGAGUUUUACUGUUCGGUUCCUUGAUCGAGAACAGCAAGCUGUGCAAGAAAUUUCAAUAAAAAAAGUACUGACGCACUGAACAGUUAGUAGUAGAUAUAUAAAAGUUCAGAGGAGGUCAAAUUAAGUUCACCUGGAAGGUUAUUGUGCAUGUUAGGUUCACCCUGAAAUUUCACCCAAAUACCGAAUAUCCCUUUUCAUUGCCUUUUUGUGAGUGGCAUUUAAAAUAUUCACCCUAAAAUGUGCCUUUUUAGCUAUGAACACUGAUUGCAAUCAUUUGUGCGAGCUCACCAUAUGCCUCUGGUUUCAACACACACGCAUGACUCACAUGUGCAGAAGAUGGUUUUAAUGACAUGAAGUCAAGUGUUGGCUGCUAUUGCGCUGUUUAGAAAACAUCUGAAGGCGGAAUGAGAGCUUCGGAGGAAUUGUCCUGCUGCGGUUGAAACACGGUCGUUGUUAUGCAGCGGCAUGACAAACCAACCAACUCUUUGGUUCAAUGUGAGAAAAACAAAAAACAGUCAAGCAACAUUAGGAAGAGCUCAGCCAGCCUUACAAGUUUAUACUGUACUUGUUUAGCCUGUCCAAAAAAGUGUGUUUGUUGCAUAAACGUGUGAGACACGUGCUGUUUGCCUUUUGACUAUCGCGCUCCACAUGUAAUGAAUGUAACAUUUCACCAUGCUAUGCAUUCAUGCUCAAAGUUUCUGCUAGGUUUACUGUAAAUACGCGCUGUAUAUAAUCUGUCUGGUGUUGUGUGAUUUUAACUUAAUGCUUUGGACCAGCACUGCCUUCAAUACAAACUUGAUUUAUAUUAUUCAGCCUUUGCAUUGUGUUUUUUUGUUUUGUUUUGUUUUUUAAGUGAAUGUUGAAAAUACAUUUUACUAUACAGUACUAAGAUUCCAGUUGAUUUUUUUUUUCUUUCAUUUAUAUCUUCUGAGUAGAGUAGUAUAGUUGAACUUCUCCUUGUGCUCAGGUAUCAAAGGAUUAACUUUUUGUGACACAAUCAGCAUAAAAUAAUUUUAAAAAUAUAUUAUUAUUGUUAUACAUAUGUCAGUUUUAAACUGAUUCCUGGUCAAAGCAGUAAGAGUCGAGAGCUGUACCCAAUAUUUUUGUCCAUCAUAUGUACCGUCAACUGUUAGGUUGAAGUACAGCAUUUUAUUGUUUUUACAUUUUACAAUUACCAGUGAUUAACCUCUUUUUUUUUUUACAUUUGUGUGACAAUUAAGAAUGUUAAAAAAAUAAUAGAUGAUGCUUUGCUUUUGCUAGGCCCUGACCGAUUAUUCGUUUUUUUUUUUAAUUUUUGCUGAAUUUACGUUUUUUUCUUUUUACACAUUACAAGAUAAGACAAAGAUAAUGACAUUCAAACAAACAAUACAAAGUUGCAGUGUUUAUGUGUGUAUAUAUAUAUAUAUAUAUAUAUAUAAAUUUUUAAAAUAAUCAGCCGAUUAAUCAGUUAUCUAACUGUUAUCCUGCCAGAUAUCGGAAUUGACAUCUGUCUAAAAAAAAAAAUUCAUAUCGGUCGGACCCGAGUUGCUACACUUUAUAGCACAGGUGUCAAACCGGUGGCCCGGGGGCCAGAUGCGGCCCGCAACAUCAUUUUAUGUGGCCACCGAAAGCAAAUCAUGUGUGUCGACUUCAUGUUUCUUGUGAAAAUACCAAAAUUGGUGUCUUGUAUAAUGUUGAGAUAUUGCAAGCAUUUUAUGUUACCAAUCACCUUUUUGAAAUAAAUGUAAUAAUAUUUGAAUU